GUUGAAAGUACAAGAGUACCUCCAAGCCACGAUGAAGACCAUGGUGCCAGUAUCGUUGGGCGCAACCUUAUUAGGGCUUCACUUGACUGGCAACCGCCAGGUGGACGGUUUCGUCGUAGUCCCAGUAGGGUCAUCCCGACCCCCGCAGCAGCAGAGAGAAUGCUGUACCAGAAACGGCGGUCGCCGCAGUGGCAGCAGUGGCAGCGGCCGAGGAGCCUUGCUGCAGCCAACACAACGCUCGUCCUGCUCGGCUCGAAGCAACACGUGUCGCCCGUUGAACGCUGGAUUCGGGCAGCAAGAUGACUCGGCAGAAGCAGCAGCCAAGUCUUCGAAGAAGAAAGGGAAAGGAAAGAAAGCGGCGAAAAAGGGAGGCGGGGCUGCCGGGGGUGGGGGAGUUCCAGAGGCGGAAGGCGCCAAGGGCACGGGGCAACGGCAGCUGUUCAUGCAGUUCACCUGUAAUCUGUGCGAAGGGGUGAGUCAGUACAUGAUCAACAAGAACGCUUACGAGGAGGGCAUCGUGAUCUGCACGUGCCAGUCCUGUGGGGCGAGGCACCUCAUCGCGGACAACUUGAAGAAGGUGAGAUGCUGUGUCCCUUAA